AUGGAUAUGUCAAAGGUACUGCGCGAUGGGCUGCGUUGGGUUGCUAAUUCCCCUGCAUAUCGCCUUGCCCUCUCAUUCCCUUGCACGUGUCACUCACCCUUCCGACAUGCUGUUCCUUCCCAUGACCCUUCAACUCCCCUUCCCCUCCCCUUCCUCUCCCCUUCCCCUUCCCUUCCCCUUCCCCUUCCCCUUCCCUUCCCCCUCCCCUUCCGCUUCCCUUCCCCCUCCCCUUCCGCUUCCCUUCCCCUUCCCCUUCCCUUCCCCUUCCCUUCCCUUCCCUUCCCCUUUUCUCUCCCCUUAAUGUGCCCAGGCGCGUUCGGGCGCGUGUAUCACGGGCUGUACGGGCAGGAGGACGUGGCAGUGAAGCUCAUCAGCGUGUCGCCCAACAUCCCGCCUAAAGAGCUGGCGGGCAUAGAGGCGGGCAUUCUGCAGGAGAUCAACGUGUGGCACACCCUCAAGCACCCCAACAUCGUGCAGUUCAUAGGAGCCUCGCUAGACGCCAGCAACAUCGUGGCGCCAGCGGAGGCAAAGCCGCCGGCCGGCACGCCGCUGUGGGCGAUCGUGACGGAGUACAUGUCGGGGGGCACGCUUCGCAGCUAUCUGGCGCGCAGGCGCCGCCUCGCAGAGAAGGACGUUCUGCGGAUUGCCCUGGAUGUGGCUCGUGGGCUGGAGUACCUGCACGCGCACCACAUAGUGCAUCGGGACCUCAAGUCAGACAACAUCCUGGUGAGCUACAAGGGCAUCGUCAAGAUCGCUGACUUCGGCGUCGCGCGCACCGAGGCCAAGAACCCGGGCGAUAUGACCUGUGAAACCGGCACCGUGCGAUGGAUGGCUCCUGAGGUGAUAGACCACAAGCCGUACACGCGCAAGGUGGACGUGUACAGCUACGGCAUCGUGCUGUGGGAGCUGGUGACGUGCGAGCUGCCGUUCAAGGGGCUCACCUUCAUCCAGCUCGCCUACAACGUCGUUCACAAGAACCAACGGCCGGACAUCCCUCCUUCGUGCAACCCGGAGCUGGCAAAGCUGAUGGCGGAGUGCUGGGACCGCGACGAGGCCGUGCGACCAGAGUUCACUGAGAUUGUGGUGCGGCUGGAGAAGAUCCAAGCAGAGAUAGGGUCGGGUGGAGAUGGUCAAGGCAGUGGUGACACUGGGACAAGUUGCUGCACGAUACUGUAA